UCUUGUGUCUGGACAGUGAAAGUGUGUGUGUGCGGAUUGAUUCGUGUAGAUGGAGAGAAGAGAGCCAGAAGGGCGAGAUUUCUUCUCCUCCUGGCGCUCGGAUGAACCUAUACGAUUGAUAUUCAGACGUUAAAAUAGCUGAGAUGUGACGCCGAUCUAUUAAAACGCAGGUCUUCGAGACAGCCCUUAAACUAUGGGAUUUCAGAUCUACUGAGGGCACUUUCACAAAAGGAGGGAAGAGGGGCCGACAUCCAGAACAAAACGAAGGGAUUGAGGUUUUGAAAAGAGGAUCAGUACUUUCGGACACAGCGGGGUGCAUGCUGGCCCCUCAACUGGACGACCUCUUUUGUGCGAGAGAGAGAAAAUAAAAGCAGGCAUGCGCAAUAAACUCAGAAGGUUCCGGAACGCGGACCGCCCCAUGCUGGGGGACAGGACCGAUUUGGUGCUUUUGACUGUAUUGGUGCUUUUGGUAGCGGAUGUGCGGGCAUCCUGGGACCAGAACCCCGUGGAGGUUCUCGGCGAUGUGGGGCAGCUCGAGGCAUCUAUGCACUCCUCCGUGCUGUCGGACCUUCGUGAGGCGGAAGCGGCCAUGUCGCAGCCCAGCGGCUUGCCGGAUUCCUCGGCGGUGGUGGGCAGGGUUUUCCAAAUGCAGGUGCCCAUCAAAGCCAAGGACUCUAAGAGCAAAAUUAAGAUCACAGAAGCGAGCAAGGAUGUGCUCCCAGCAUGGUUGCAUUGGGAUGCAGAGAGUGGCACACUUCAAGGCCUUCCUUUAGAGACAGACAAGGGCGUUCACUACAUUUCUGUUUCUGUUUCCAACGAGAGCCAAGUCUCCCAAAGCCCAGAUGUGUUCUCCAUUGAGGUGCACCCAGAGGAGCAUGCCGAUACGGACCCUUUUCUGCUCGCUCUCCAAUCAGCCAGCAAUGACGUUCAGCCAUUUAUCUGUGGUAAUGAGGAUCCUGUUACAGUGCUUACUGUCAUCCUGGAUGCUGACCUCAAUAAGAUGAGCUCCAAGCAGAGGGUGGAGCUACUUGCCAAAAUGAAAAAGUUCUCUGGCAUGGGGCUUCAGCACAUGAAGAUUUUGCCUGUGGUCAACAACCGUUUGUUUGACAUGUCCGCUUUCAUGGCAGGACCUGGAAAUGCCAAAAAGGUAGUUGAAAACGGUGCCCUUUUGUCCUGGAAACUUGGCUGCAGUCUGGAUCAAAGCAGCAUUCCUGAUAUCAGUAGCGUUCAGGUUCCGGCAAAAGAGGGAACCAUGUCCGCACAGUUGGGAUAUCCAGUCGUCGGAUGGCACAUCGCUAACAAGAAGCCUCAUGUGCCCAAAAGGGUGCGAAGGCAGCUGAAUAACACCCCCACCCCUGUUCCCUCUUUACUUCCCCCGACAACUUACCCUGAGCCCCCUACUCGUAUCGUUCCCACCCCAACCUCUCCAUCCAUUGCUCCUACCUCUGAUAGUUCUGCCCCACCUGUUCGUGGUCCUGUGCCCCUGCCUGUGAAACCGACAUUAUCUCGAUCCAGAGAUCCAAUUGCUUACACUCCAACUUUAGUCCCCCCUCUGCCAACAAGAGUCCCAGAUAGCACCAGCACUAUUGCCAUCCAGCCCACCAUGACCAGGCCUAUUUAUGUUGGACCCUCUGUGACCCCAGCAACACCCACCACUAGGAAACCAACAAAGAGACCACCAAAGAAACCAAAGUCAACCCCUACGCCAGAAAAACCCAAGAUCACUACAACCAAGCCACCAAGACGCACAACUCCUGUACCCGUCUCUCCUGAUGGCAAUAUUAAACCUCAGCUGCGUAACCCGAUUGAUCAGGUAAACGCCUACAUUGGCACAUACUUUGAGGUGAAGGUUCCACCGGAUACGUUUUUCGACAAAGAGGAUGGUACUACAGAUAAGUUGAGGCUAACCUUGCGCAAGGGCUCUGAUUUGGUUGGGGAUGAUUCCUGGAUACAAUUCAAUAGCACAAGCCAGUUGCUCUAUGGAUUACCAGAUCAGGAGCAUGAAGGAAAACAUGAGUAUUUUAUGCAGGCGACUGACAAAGGAGGUCUCUAUGCAAUAGAUGCCUUUGAGGUCCGAGUCAAUCGUUGGGGAAACAAUGUUAAGUCGCCAGUGUUGUUCACUGCCGUUUUUGACGGGGAUGCACGUACAGUCACCAAUGAUGUUCACAAAAAGAUCCUUCUUGUCAAGAAAUUGGCCCAAUCAUUUGGUGAUCGUAACGGCAGCACCGUCACCUUAAAGAACAUUAUCAAGGGGUCCAUUAUAGUGGAAUGGACCAACAACAGCCUUCCGCAAAACCCCUGCCCAAAAGAGCAAAUCGAGCAGUUGUCCAAAAGGAUUUCUGAUCCCGACGGUAAACCAUCGCAACACUUUAAAUAUGUCAUGCAACCGGACUUCAAGGCCUCAAAUAUCACCGUAAGGGGUACAGGAAGCUGUCGUAACUUCAUGUUUGUCCCAAAAGGUGAGAUCUUGGAUCCAACUUCAGAACCAGUUACUCCCGCUGUUGGUGCUGGAAGACAGAGCACGGACGAUGUGUAUCUACACACUGUCAUACCAGCCGUGGUGGUUGCAGCUAUUUUACUGAUAGCGGGAAUCAUUGCCAUGAUCUGCUAUCGAAAGAAACGCAAGGGCAAGCUAACUAUUGAAGACCAAGCGACUUUCAUCAAGAAAGGAGUACCCAUCAUUUUUGCAGAUGAGCUCGAUGACUCCAAGCCACCUCCAUCUUCCAGCAUGCCCCUUAUCCUUCAGGAGGAAAAACCUCCUCUUCCUCCGCCAGAGUAUCCGAACAUGGCUAGUCCAGAGACAACACCUCUCAACCAGGACCUUUUGGGAGAGUACACGCCUCUACAUGACGAGGAUCCUAAUGCCCCUCCUUACCAGCCUCCACCACCCUUCUCUGUCCCAAUGGAGGGUAAAGGUUCCCGUCCCAAGAACAUGACCCCAUACAGAUCCCCACCCCCUUACGUGCCUCCCUAAUGUUGGCAGGAGCCUCCGGAGCAGGAGGAUGGGGAACUUUCGUAGUUCCGAACCAUUGUGUUGUCUCUGCAUAAUUGGAUUGUUUGAAAGGUUGUGCUGCAAAUGUGGGAUUUAGGUUUGAAUGUCAUGGUAUGUUUUUGUUAAACUGAACUCUUAUUAAAGGAGUGGGGGGAGGGCGGGUUACAUGGAUAGUCUGAAAAAGACAGCAAGUACAACCUCAGCCUCUGACUACUCUGGUUUUUGCUAAACUGUUGGGGGAGUACCCUCAAGUCUUGGCGCUUUUGUGUCUAGAUGGGCUUUUUGACUAAUUAUUUGUUUUUGUUUGUUUGUUUUUGAUUUUGUUUUCUGACUCGGAAUCAAACUCCUUGCCUAACAGCACUCUUUUUAUCUUCUAAAUUCGUUAAUUUUGAAUAAUAUAAUCAGACAAUAAAACUGACUGCAGGUGCAAAAGGUUUGGUAGGAAAAAUUCAAUAACAGUGGGAAGUAAAAGAAUGGCCUUGAGGGACUUGGACAGCCAUGCAGACAGUUUUGUGGGAUGUUGAUUCAUUAUGGUUUUGCCUUUUAACACAAAAUUAAACGGUUUUAUUGUUAUUCACAUGUCUAGUUAAAAUCACAACAAGAAGUAGCCAAAAUGAGAGAUUUGUUUAAUUCAAUGUGUAUUUGAAAGUUGUUAUGGUAGAUCAUCUUUAUAUAUUUUUUUACUUUUUCUUUCUUUAAAAGUAUUACACUGAAAAAACGCUAUAUUUUCAACCCCCUCGAACUUGGAAAAAAGAAUUAAAAUAUCAAAUCACAGAACAUAUCAGCGUGUGUUCUGACUUGAGAUAUAUAUAUAUACACUCAAGAUGACGUACGAUAUAUAUCCCAUAUAGCCUCUCGUCAGCCAUGUGAAACUUUUGAAGAAGGUAGUCUCUUGAUUGAUCUCAUCGUCUAUGCAGAUUCUGCGUUUGACCCGACAGGCUUGAUCCUGAUAUUGAUCACACUUAAUCGCAUUUCCCACAGGCCAUGAAAAAAUCUCGUGAUUUUAAUUGGAUUUACAACUUGAUGGAGUCUUUGAAUCCUUAAUUUCUCAAGUCAGAACCACCUAUGUACUGUUUCACCAGUUAAACUCAAGCUACUGAUAGUCGUCGAGACGCUCAAAGACUUGAUUCAAUCCGACUUUCAGACGAUUUGUAUUUUUUUUCUUUUUGUUUUUAUUAUUUUUAUAUACAUAUAUAUAUAUAUUUCAGUGAUGAUUAUGGAGUAUAUGCCUUGGAUCCGCUCAAAAUAAUUCUAAAUAAAGACUGAAGAUUUUGAUAACGGCGACCCAUCUUUUAUACAAUGGCAACGUUUAUUUAAAUGUCAUAUAUAUAUGUGGAGUUGAAUGCCAUAUUUUGCCUUGGUGAUUUUGCAGCAAGUGUCCUCUCUGUAAAUAAUAUUCUGCCUGUGGAUAUAAUUGUAUUUAUAGGCCAAACGUGUGUAAAUCGGAUAUGGUAAAAACAAGAAAUAGAGUAAAAAAUCUUGCUGUUUGUUUUAGAUAAGGGGUGGUUAUUUUUUAUAUAGCGAUAGUUCUAAAGAAAAACCUUGAGCAAAUACCUGGGGGGAAAAGUUGACUGGUUUCAUUUACAAAAUCAUCAGAAAACUAGAAAAAAAAGGAUUGAUAAGAUCACAAUCUAAUUUUUUUACACAGUUUUUGAUACAGCCUAAAAUUGUUUAUUGAAAACAAAUAUAUAGUGUACUGCAAUUUGUAAAAACCUUAGUCUGGUAAUUGAUUCAUUAUAAAUAUAUAUAUCUAUCUAGCUUUUCCUCAUGGGUCGUUUUCUUAGUUGCAUUUCUUUUAGGUUUGCUUGAACUAAAUAGCUAAUGCGGUUAGUGCUAUUGAGAGAAUGUUAUCAUGUACGUUUUGAUUUCUGAUUUGUGUUUUAAGCUCUUUUGUUUUGAGUUUUAAAUUCAGAAGUGAUAUUUGCAAUAAAAGUGUGGCUUUGUUAAAGUCGGUCAUUAAAAAUCUGCAAGGUCUGUGUGAAACCUCAAAGUCUGACAACCCGUUGAAUUUAUGAGACUGAGAUAUUUUGCCAAGGAGGUUGUUUUGUAUGGAUGUUAUUUUCUGCGUAUUAUCGUCAUUUCUUUAUUAAUGCUUCCAUUCACCUACGUACACUGUCAAAAAAAUGGUCCAUUUAACUACAGAUGUAUAUAUCAGAUAUGUACUAAUAUGGACUCUUUAGGUGCAAAAGUUUGUUUUAAAAGGUUAUCGCUCCAUUAAAGUCCAUUUUUCUGACAGUGUAUAUCGUUAAAUCAAGAUCCACUGAGGUUUGAUUUAUUAUAAACAUUUGAAGUACAAUAUCUUAUCAAGCUCUAUGAUUUAAUAGCAUUUAUCUUAAGAGUGCUAAUUUAAUUUCUUUUCAUUUCAAACAUUCACAACAUCUUUGUUCGCCAUGGAUAAACUUAAGGACGCAACUCAAAAUCAGAAAGAAUUUGUGGCCUUUGUAAUCGUUUCUUUUACGUCACAUUAUUUAUAAAUCAGUAGCGUAGCAAUGUUGCAGUAAAGCUGCUUUUUCAUUAGCACAACUGAAUAAAUAUUUUAGGUGGAAAAACCAAAGAUGAAAUGGUUGUCGUUUACUAACAACUGAGUGUACUGCUUUGUUUAAUUUACGAGUUCAAGCUGUCUUUCGUUACUUACCGCGUCAAAUAAAAGCAAUGACAUAAACUGAUUAUACGGUCGUUUUCAUUCAUCAUCAUUUGAGUGUUUCCUUUAUAAGUUUGGUUUGGUUUGGUUAAAGAGCAUAUUAUUAAUACAUGUAUUCAAUAUGUAUGUUUUUAAGUUGUCAGCCGUACAUGCAAACAGUAUUCCGGUCUGCAUUUGGUGCAUUAUAAUAACAUAAUAUCCAAUACGAGUUUGAUCCCCACCACUGGAACAUCAAGCUUUCAGAUGUGAAGAGGGGAAAACGGUCAAUAGUUUUAUAUUGUAUAUGAGUCAUGUAAAGACACAUUUUGUUUGUUUUAAACAUUCUGUCCAAGUUUUACAAAGUGUGCAAGCUGUAUUGCCCGAGCCAAGUCAAGGUGACAAAAGAUUGAAUCCGAAUUUUUAAGCAAUGAAUUAUGAAAGGUGCUGAUGUUGGUUGACCUCGGUGCCAGGUGUAACAAAUGACAGUGAUGCCCAGAACAAGACACCUUUUAUGCCAUUUAAAGGUUGACAAAUACGCAUCCGGUAAAGAGCAUAAUGAUGAGCCACGCUUGCUUCAUUCUCUUUCAUGUUAAACCGCGUUGGUCAAUUGAUGCCACCACCAGACACUGUAUGUUUGAAUCUUGUAUUAAAAAGUGUUCUCACUGUGAA